AUGGCUAUCACUGCUCUCAAGGUUCUUUUCGCCUCGCCAGAGAUCAACCCUGCCAACAGGAAAGCCGUCUCGAUUCCUGUCUUGAACCCAUUCGACAAAUAUGGUCGCGUUUUCUUCUUUGCCUGGAUGGGUUUCAUGGUCGCAUUCCUGUCGUGGUAUGCAUUCCCUCCACUGUUGACGGUGACCAUCAAAAAAGACUUGCAUAUGACUCAACAAGAUGUGGCCAACUCAAACAUUGUUGCGCUCCUGGCUACCUUUCUCGUCCGAUUUAUUGCCGGCCCGCUGUGUGAUCGCUUUGGCCCUCGCCUGGUCUUCGUCGGACUCCUCCUCAGUGGAUCUAUUCCAACGGCAAUGGCUGGUCUUGUCACGACUCCUAAGGGCCUGAUUGCUCUGCGGUUCUUUGUUGGCAUUCUGGGCGGCACAUUCGUCCCAUGCCAGGUCUGGUGCACUGGCUUUUUUGACAAGAAAAUCGUGGGCACAGCCAACUCGCUCGCUGCUGGUUUUGGAAAUUCCGGUGGUGGUAUCACCUACUUCGUCAUGCCCGCCAUCUUCGACUCCCUCGUCUCCGCCCAGGGAAUGACUCCCCACAAGGCUUGGCGCGUCGCCUACAUUGUUCCCUUCAUUAUCAUUGUCUCCAUUGCCUUGGGCAUGCUGUUCCUGUGCGAGGAUACCCCGACCGGUAAGUGGUCGGAGCGCCAUCUCUGGGCUAAGGAAACCCCCUCGCCUGAAUCCUCCUCUCACGGCAACAUUGUCGACAUCAACUCCGGAUUUUCCUCCAGUGGACCUUCUACUACACCAUCUCUUUACAACAUGGGCUUGGAAGAUGUGGAGAAGAAGGGCGCUAUGACUCCUCGCAUUGUUGACAAGGAUGCCUCGGCGAUGGGCCAAAUCGAUACUCUCCAACAAGACACCGUGGUUGCCCCAACACGCAAGGAAGCUCUCAAGGUUGUGUUCAGCCUGUCCACCAUGGCCGUUGCAAUCCCAUAUUCAUGCUCCUUCGGGUCCGAGCUCGCUAUCAACUCCAUUCUUGGAACUUACUACGCAAAGAAUUUCCCCCACAUGGGUCAAACCAAGACGGGUCAGUGGGCAGCUAUGUUUGGUCUGUUGAACGUGGUGUUCCGUCCUAUUGGCGGUCUUUUGGGAGAUGUCCUCUACCGCUGCACCGGCAGUGUCUGGUCCAAGAAGCUGCUUCUGUCCUCUCUGGGUCUCAUCAUGGGAGGCUUCGAGUUGGCGAUUGGUUUCACCAACCCCACCAGCGAGAGCACCAUGUUUGGUCUUGUAGCCGGUUUGGCGUUAUUCCUAGAGGCUUGCAACGGUGCCAACUUUGCGGUUGUGCCUCAUGUGCACCCUUAUGCCAACGGUAUCGUCUCCGGUAUCGUCGGUGGCUUCGGUAACCUGGGAGGUAUCAUCUUUGCCAUCAUCUUCAGAUACCACGGAUCUGAUUAUGGAAAGUCCCUGUGGAUUAUGGGCGCGAUCUCUUUGGGUGCCAACUUGGCUGUGAGUUGGAUUCGGCCGGUUACCAAGAACCCCGUCAUUAGUUCGCGGGAGUGA